CGACGCUGAAAUAGACAUGCUCAAUGUCUGCGCAGGAUUCAAGUUAAUGUUGACGACGCUGAAAUAGACAGCCUGCGGUUGCCGAAGGGCACAGGCGACAUUGAAGGUCCUGGCCUGGGAGGCCUCUUCUUUGGGGGCGUCCGAGGUGGCACCGCCAUAGGUGACCAUGUGGCGACCCGGGACCACUUUGUGGGUACCAUCAAGGAUGCAGUCUUCAAUGAUGUCCUCCUGGGCUUCAACUUCCCGGUGUCGCACGAAGGAGCCGGCAUCGGACAGCUGCUGAAGCGCCCGCGUCCUAUGCCACCCGAGCAUGACCGAAUGGCCGUCCCCACGGAGCAAGAACUCGACCAGUGCUCAGACCAGCCGCCGCCCGACUUGCACGAAAAGGCAGUCAAGUUUGGGGACACUCUCAACAGCCAUGUGAAGUUGUUCGAUGCCAUCGAGUUCAAAAACAACUUUAACGUGAGCCUGGAGCUGCGGACGUACUACCCCAACGGAGUGCUGCUGCUGGCCCAAGCCGGUUCCCUGAAUCGGCACUUCGCUCUUGUCCUGUCUGGAGGCCGAGUCUUGCUUGAAAUCACAGAGAAGACGUCAAAGAAGCUCCACAGCCAUGGUGGCCUUAAUGACGGCGACUGGCAUCACGUUGGCCUUUCAAAGGAAGGCUCCCGACUGACACUGUCCGUGGACGACAAGGCGGCAUUGAAGUUGCAGGUGCACAAGCGAAUGCAUUUCCGCAGCCCGCUAUUCGUUGGCGGCAUUGCGUCAAGCCUCUCCGUCCCUGAGGAUCUCGUGAAAGAGAGCUUCAAGGGUUGCAUCCGGAACUUCAAUGUCAACGACAGAUAUGUGGACUUGGCCAGCGGAGAGUCGAAUGGCGUCGGACAGUGCUUUGCCAACAUAGAGCCUGGAGCAUUCUUCCAGGGAGAUGCCUACGCUGUUUAUGACGAGCAGUUCAAUGUGGACAAUAAGCUGGAACUGCAGCUAGAAUUCCGAACAUGGAGACUGAAUGGUGUCCUGAUGAGCUUGGCCGAAAAUCCAGAUGGGGCACCUUCGCUGGCCAUGGAGCUUCAUGAAGGUGAAGUGAUUGUGUCUGUGGACUUGGGCCAGAAUGGCACGGGCCCCUUCCGUGCCCGCAAGGUGUUUGGCUCGCGCUUUGCCAUGUGCGACGGACAGUGGCACCUGCUGCGUGCGCAUUUUUCGCGCAAUGAGAUCUCGCUGCGCAUCGACCGGCAUCAAGUUGCGUACGGUCUGGCGCCGUCCACUCCCUCGGAACCGCACACCGAGAGUCCUCUCUACAUUGGUGGCCUCCCAGAGCACAGCAGCAAUGGCGCUCUAUUUGGCCGAGACAACUUCGUUGGCUGUCUCCGUAACCUAGCCAUCAAUGACAAGCGCAUCGACUGGAUCGACAUGGCUUCCCUGCACAACGUGCUCCCCAACUCAUGCCCUGCCAACUGAGAGCACGAUUUGCGUGGCUGGCCUUUGCUGUCACUAUUUAUUCCAACAUGCGUCAGAUGCAUUAACCCCUUCCAUGUCUUGGGUGUGCUUGGUUUGCCUGUGCAAUCUUAUGGAUAACUUCUUUUUGUAGAAGUUAAAAUCUUCCAUUGCAGUUAUGCCCACUUUUUAGGUCUUCGAGCGUAUAGGCCCUGCUCUAUCAAUUUGACACUUUGAUAACAGGUGACAGCUCUAUAUUGGAACAAAGUUAUAGUAAAAUCAGGUGGUUUCUUGCUUUGUGCUGCUGCAUCAUGUUUUCGUUUGCCAACAUGGUAUUGCCUAUUAGUAUGACUCACACAUUUGUAAUUCAUAGAAGGAAGUCUGUGGCUUCAUGCCAUUGAAGUUCUAGCAAUAAUACAUAAAAAUUUUUGUUUUCUGUUGGUGUAGAGAGCAGAGGAAUAACAUGGCAAGCAGUUUGGUGAAAAUGAAUAAUUAAGCAACAAUGCAUAGCGAUUAUGUUCACUGAAGAUGCCUUGGCAUCAAUACUAUGUAUUUUUUUUGUGAUUUGUAUAUGCUGCUUCAUAAUAGAGUCGAUUUUUCCAGGUUUCGAAACAUGAAAAAAAAAAAAAAGAAACAUCGGGAGAGAGACUUUCUAGCCGGUAUUACAUUGUCACUCAUGCAAGAGAUUUGUAGCCUCAAUAUUUUGGCAGCCCAUUGCAUUAACGGUGCUUUAUGAUUAUGUAUUUUUACCAAGAUUCAACAUCAAAAAAAAAUAUUGUUUGCAUUUGUAAAAAAGAAAGAAAGAAACAGCGAAUGUGUUAAAACAAUUCACAGUGUUAGCCAGAGCUUGUGAGGCACAUGUAACACUGCAUUCCCGAAAAGCAACGUGUUCUGCACGAGUAAAAACCUGCAAACACUAAGUAUAAAUUUGCAGAAGUUUCAAUUUGUACAAACGUGAAAUGUACAGAAAAAUUUUAUAAAUCCAGCUGUGCCUUGGAAGGGUUGUUAUAUUGUCUGUAACUAUGCCAGAAUGCUAGGAAAUGCUUAGGCUAAAAAGGAUUUCGGCCUGACAUAGCAUGUAAAUAUGUUGUUGGUUAUUGCAGUACCUUAUAAGUGAAGCUUACUUUCGCGAAAGCUGAGUUUAGCCUAAAAACACUAACUAGUUUAAUAUUAUAUCGCUAUAAGUGAAGCAAAUCUCCAGUUCUAAUUCCAUCUCAAGUUGACACUGUCUUUUGUGGUGAACUGACGAGAAAAUGCAUACUAUCCAUCUGACAAAGCUAUAGAGUAUACAUAGUGAGAUAUCUACAAGACUGCCUUAUUAUGAUUAUAUUUAGAUAUGGUCUACCAUUGUAGUCAUGAAGAAGGGGUGUUUUAUUAUGUACUAGCUUUGUAUGUGCUACUUAUGAUUAAUAUUUAUUUUUGUCGUGACCCAGAGGUUUCAAAUAAUACCACGGGAGAUGUGCCAUCAUUUUAUGCAUCGUACUGCAUCACUGUUUGAUAUCAGACUGAAUACAGAAGCCACUGCCACUGGUUUUAAAUAAGAAAGUGCUUGUAAUUGCAUUCGUGGAGGACAUGAAUUUCUGCUCAUUUGUUCACAUCUGUGUCAUAUUAAAUGCAACGUCAUUAGAAUGGUUUGAAUGAAAAGUUCAGCACAUUACGUCUGGUUUAUCUGUAAGUUAAAUUUAUAUGUUGAAUCGAAAGGCAGUUUGAUGUUGAUGGCUUAAAAAUUGUUUCCUAUUAGAUGCCAUAAUUGGUUUCUGUGAACAUUCAAACUGAAAACAUUUAUGUGCAUUCUUAUAACUGUGCAUAUUUUCUGUAUUACAUAUACGGAGUGGCCAUGAAAUCAGGACAGAGCCCCACCCUUUCUGUGUGAAUAAGAUGGAAAGCAUACACAGUUAUAGCUAUGGAUAUGGAACUUUUUCAGUGGAAUGAUGCUGAUUUUUCUCUUGAUUUAUGAAUGCGUUUACAGUCAGGCUUUUGCAGAAAGAAUAAAUUUGUUCAAAAUUCA